ACAAGCGGGUCAGCUGACCCGGCCCGACUGCGCCGUCAUCCCGGCUAUAAGCGCGCGACCUCCCGGGCUGUGCGCUCCGACCGGGUCGCCGCCGCCAUGCAGACCCCCAGCCUGCUGCUGCUACUCGCCCUUGGCCUGCUGGCCGCGCCCGCGGCCGCGCUCGUCAGGAUUCCUCUGCACAAGUUCACGUCCAUCCGCCGGACCAUGUCGGAGAAGGGGGGCCCCGUGGAAGAGCUGAUCGCCAAGGGCCCCAUUGCGAAAUAUACCCCGGGGGUACCCACCGUGACGCAGGGGCCUAUUCCCGAGCUUCUCAAGAACUACAUGGAUGCUCAGUACUACGGGGAGAUUGGCAUCGGGACGCCCCCGCAGUGCUUCACGGUGGUCUUCGACACUGGCUCCUCCAACCUGUGGGUCCCAUCCAUCCACUGCAAACUGCUGGACAUCGCCUGCUGGACCCACCACAAGUACAACAGCGGCAAGUCCAGCACGUACGUGAAGAAUGGCACGUCCUUCGACAUCCACUAUGGCUCGGGCAGCCUCUCCGGGUACCUGAGCCAGGACACCGUGUCGGUGCCCUGUAAAGCAGGGGUCUCGAGCGCAGGCAGCAUCAAGGUGGAGAAGCAGACCUUCGGGGAGGCCACCAAGCAGCCAGGCGUCACCUUCAUUGCAGCCAAGUUCGACGGCAUCCUGGGCAUGGCCUACCCCCGCAUCUCUGUGAACAAUGUGGUCCCCGUCUUCGACAAUCUGAUGCAGCAGAAGCUGGUGGACAAGAACAUCUUCGCCUUCUACCUGAACAGGGACCCAAAUGCGCAGCCCGGGGGUGAGUUGAUGCUGGGCGGCACUGACUCCAAGUACUACAAAGGCCAGCUGACCUACCACAACGUCACACGUAUGGCCUACUGGCAGGUCCACAUGGACCAGAUGGAUGUGGGCAGCAGCCUGACCGUGUGCAAGGGGGGCUGUGAGGCCAUCGUGGACACGGGCACCUCGCUCAUCGUGGGCCCCGUGGAAGAGGUGCGGGAGCUGCAGAAGGCCAUCGGGGCCCUGCCCCUGAUCCAGGGCGAGUACAUGAUCCCCUGCGAGAAGGUGUCUGGCCUGCCCGAGGUCACCUUGAAGCUGGGGGGUAGAGACUACAAGCUGUCCCCGGAGGACUACGUCCUCAAGGUGUCACAGGCUGGGAGGACCGUGUGCCUGAGCGGCUUCAUGGGCAUGGACAUCCCCCCGCCUGGCGGGCCGCUCUGGAUCCUGGGCGACGUCUUCAUCGGCCGCUACUACGCCGUGUUCGACAGGGACCAGAACCGGGUGGGCUUGGCCGAGGCUGCCAGGCCCUAGCUGGCCCCCUGCCCGCUGGCAGCGUCCGGAGGAGAGUGCAGGAGGAGGAGGCCUCACCCCUGCCCUCCCGGGCACCUCGCCACCACACACACACACUCACACUAGUACUUGCACUCACAGCCCGGCUCUCUGGGGGCCGCCAGCCUGAUGGGCCUGCAGUUCUGUCCUGUGGUUUUCCCCUCCCUGGUUUCAGAAACACUGCCUGCUUGUUUGUCUGUCCAGUGGAGGAGGGCCCAGGGCAGAGCCAGUGGGCGGCGCAGUGCACAGAGGCCUUUCUGUAAUUUGGAAGACCCAGCCCGCUGGGCACUGUGCAUCCUGGGACCCCUGCCCUGGGGUAGUUCCCCCCUAGCCUGCACCUCAGGGGCCUGGCUGCCUGGCAGUGCCUCUGGGCUGAGCCCCCACCCGGCGCCAGGCUGCCCCCUUAGUGCCCCCUCCAUGCAGCGUGUGGCCCCCCGCCUGUCUGUCCUGGACCCUGUGAGGAAGGGGCCCUCUGGAGCCUGAGAUGAGCUGGCAGGAGCUGACAGGGGUGGCAGGGGACAGAAGUCAGUCUUGUGAGGCCUGCAGUGGGGUCAUCCUGGGGCUUGACUCCGUCAGGGAGGACAUUCAGGGCAUUUGCUCGCCUGGGGGUAGAGCAGGAAGGGAGGGGCUGGUGCCAGCCAUCUUGAGUGGCCAGGAGCCGAAGUUGGCAUGAAAAUAAAAGUGUUUGGGCCUCGUU